AUGGCUGCAAUUGGCUUAUGCGAGACUCCGGGAUGUAAUUCAAAUGCUCAGUUACAGUGUCCGACUUGUAUAAAAUUAGGCAUACAGGGUUCCUAUUUUUGCACACAAGACUGCUUCAAAAAGUCCUGGAAGACUCAUAAAAUUAUCCAUUCAUUAGCUAAGGGCGAAAAUACAGAUGGAACUAAUGGGGAAUAUAAUCCAUGGCCGUCCUAUUCAUUUACUGGAAAUUUGAGACCUUACCCGCCUGGUCCAAAACGUACAGUGCCUGCACACAUUGGGCGCCCAGACUAUGCCGACCAUCCGACUGGUUUUCCAGCUUCUGAGAAUGCAGCAAAGGGGUCUGGGCAGAUUAAGGUCUUAGAUGAUGAGGAAAUUGAAGGCAUGCGAGUUGCGUGUCGGCUUGGAAGAGAAGUCCUUGAUGAAGCUGCUAAGGCAUGUGAUGUAGGGGUGACUACUGAUGAAAUAGACAGAGUUGUACAUGAAGCAUGUAUUGAAAGAGAAUGUUACCCUAGCCCAUUGAACUAUCACAACUUUCCAAACAGUUGCUGUACUUCAGUAAAUGAAGUUAUUUGUCAUGGUAUUCCUGACUCCCGCCCAUUGCAGGAUGGAGAUCUGUGCAAUGUUGAUGUAACGGUGUAUCAUAGGGGCUUCCAUGGAGAUCUAAAUGAAACAUUCUUUGUUGGAAAUGUACCCGAGUCAUCUCGCAAACUUGUGCAGGUGACAUAUGAAUGCUUGCAAAAAGCUAUUGAGAUUGUAAAACCGGGGGAGAAGUAUCGUGAAAUUGGAAAUGUGAUACAGAAACAUGCUCAAGCUAACGGCUUUAGUGUUGUACGAUCGUACUGUGGCCAUGGAAUACACAGAUUAUUCCACACUACACCUAAUGUACCACAUUAUGCUAAAAACAAGGCAAUAGGUGUGAUGAAGCCAGGUCACUGUUUUACUAUUGAGCCCAUGAUUAACGAGGGCAACUGGAGAGAUGAACAGUGGCCCGAUAAUUGGACAGCAGUCACUGCUGAUGGUUCUAGAUCUGCUCAAUUUGAGCAAACACUCCUUGUGACAGAAACCGGAUGCGAUAUCUUGACGAAACGUGGUACAGGCCGUCCCUGGUUCAUGGACCAAUUGGAAAAACUUAAGUAG